UGCGCGUGUUGCGUGUUGAAGCGACGUGAGAACAGCACUCCAGCCACGGUAGCGACAACAGCCGUUGGCGGCGAGGAGGAUGACAAUUAGUUGGUAAAGAUGAAGAAACAAAAUGUGCGCACACUGUCUCUGGUUGUUUGUACCUUUACCUAUCUGCUAGUAGGAGCAGCUGUCUUUGACUCUCUAGAGUCAGAGACAGAGCGUAAACGAUGGGAGUUCUUACAGGAUUUACGGGAUAAACUGUUGACAAAAUAUAAUAUAACUCAAGAAGACUACAAGAUGAUUGAAAUUGUCAUAAUAGAGAACAAACCGCACAAAGCUGGUCCUCAAUGGAAGUUUGCAGGGGCAUUCUACUUUGCCACGGUGGUGCUUGCAAUGAUAGGUUAUGGUCACUCCACUCCAGUCACCAUUGGAGGCAAGGCCUUCUGCAUGGUCUACGCCAUGGUAGGCAUUCCACUAGGACUGGUCAUGUUCCAGAGUAUUGGAGAACGUCUCAACAAGUUUGCCUCCGUAGUGAUCCGACGCGCCAAGAUGUACCUAAGAUGCUCUCAAACAGAAGCCACAGAGAUCAACCUGAUGAUGGCUACAGGCAUGUUAUCAUCUGUCAUCAUCACCACGGGGGCUGCUGUUUUCUCCCGCUACGAAGGGUGGAGUUACUUUGACAGCUUUUACUAUUGUUUUGUUACACUAACCACUAUUGGAUUUGGAGACUACGUAGCUCUCCAGAAUGACCAAGCCCUGAUUAACAAGCCAGGAUACGUGGCACUGAGCUUGGUGUUCAUCUUGUUUGGAUUGGCUAUUGUAGCUGCAAGCAUCAACUUGUUAGUGUUGCGCUUCAUGACAAUGAACGCGGAGGACGUGCGGCGUGAGGACAGUGAGAUGCAGUCAUCUUCACACCACGUCCUGACGCUGGACGGUGAAGUAUUGGCUCUCAAUGGCAAGCUACUGGCCGGCCACACCAACCCAGGCAUCAUAGACGAUGACUUUGACCAGAUCUCAGUCUGCUCCUGCAGUUGUUUGGGCCCUUCCAAACAUCCACCACACUUCGUCUCCUUCGACCCUCCACAUCCCUCCAUCAUAAAACGAGCUUCCGUUUAGCUAUAGUUGUGAACAAGAUACAUUGAAUCUUGAAUCUGAUGUUGUUGACACAAUGUCACACAGACAUUGUCGUCAACAUCAGAUUCAUAAUUUGGUAUGUACGAUAGGUACUAAUCCAUGGUACCUCCACGCAAUUCUAACUUUUUUGAAAUUUUAAUUUUUAAUGGUGAUUUUUCCAUAAAACCCAUAAAAUAACAGAAAAAUGUAAUCUUCUCAAAAAUGAGCCCAACGAUUUUGAUAAAAAUUUAGUAUGUUGUAGCCCUUUAAAUUGUGAACAAAAUGGUAGACAUUCUAAUACCAAAUUUAGUCAAAAUCGGUCAGUAGCUCUGUAGGCCUACACAAUGUGUACAGACAGACACACAUACAGACAGACACAUGCACAGACAGACAUCACUUCAAAAACCACUUUUUGGGUUCAGGGGGCCCAAAACAGAUAUUCCACUCAAAACUCAAACUCAAAAAUGUUGACAAAAACAAUACUUUCUCCAUACACUAUGUAUGUAGGGGGAGAAAGUAAAAAAAUGGUUCAUGUUCUUUUAAACUAUAGCUACCAAGCACCUUUCUUCAAUAACAGUGAAUUUACAAGAACUUUUUCAACAAUUAAUUGUUUGUAGGAUUGAAAAACUAAUAAAAAAGUCUUCAUAUAACAUAAAAUCUUUUCUUAAUACAGAAUUUUCUGCUAUUUUGUGAUACAAAAUAUUUGUGU